AUGAUCAUCGAGAACAACUCCCUUGCUGGAAUGACGUACCUCCCCGCAUCAAAAACCCCAUCCAUCCAUCCAUUCAUCCAUCCGCCCCCUACUCGCGCAGCAAGCGGUACGGGCCAGGCCAGACACCGAAAGAUUCGCGAGUCAGUCCAAAAAAAAAAAAAGGACGAGUUGCGUUUGUCGAUCCGGCAUCCCACGAUUGGGUGA